UAAUUUGAUGUAUAACAAUUAAUGAUAAUUGAGGUUCAACUGUAAAUAAUUGACAUGGGUAAUUAACCAAUUCUUGAUUGUGAUCAUUGGUCUUAAAUUGUGUCAAACCGCUAUGAUAUAAGUAUAUCAGUUCAUGUUAAUUUAUCAGCUCAACCAAGUAAAUGGGAAGAGGAAAGAUUAUCGAGAAUCCGACAAAUUGUUUACUCUGGAGUAUCAAAUUUAACUGGUCAAAUAAUGUCCAUGAGAGAUGAACUUUCUGGCCGAGAGGAACCCGUUCCAAAGGUGUCGCAAAGUAUGUCAGGUCAUUUACUCGAGAGUUGGAUGAAAAUCGUGAAUGGUGAAGAUGUCGAUAAACCAAAUGAAUUGGAUCGCGCCUUUGCUCAUACCAUGGAAUCGUUGAAUGAAACUUUACCCUCCGUUAUUCAGGAAUUGUACUUGGCCACGGGAACAAUGUCUCGACAAGAUGCUCAACCGUCGUUCUACCAGGGGCCACUUGGAUUCAUUUCCGCUGCCGUGUUUGGGGUUGUCUUCUAUGAGAUGGUUCGUAGUUUACCCUCGGUGAUACGAAGAGCUUCAAAUUGGAUGCAUGAUACACAAGAUGAAUUGGCUUCCGCUGUUGACAGAUUUUUACACAACCAUCCAAGAGUAUUAAAUACAACCGAUGGUUCUGAGAUGUUGAUGUAUAAAGAUAUGGCCUGGAAUAGAACAUACUUCAAGAAUAUCGCUGUUUCUCCUGAUUAUGUGAAGAAACUUUUCAAAAUUUAAAAACCGAGAAAAUUAUUUAAAUGUAUGACCGGACAAUUGAAUAAAUAAAAUUAUCCUACAGUUUAUAAAUAUAA